AUGAAGUACGAGAGUUAUGGAAAGGUGCAGGUCAAUGUGUCCGAAGAUUUUGCAGUUAUUGGCGGGUAUUGUGUGAAACCCGAGUACCAGGGUCAUGGUAUUGGGAAUAACAUUUGGAACUCAGGAAUGGCACAUAUGGGCGACCGCAAUAUUGGACUUAUUGCCGCCAAUAUGAAAAUGUUUGAGAUAUACAGAGAUCGACAUCAUUUCAAAUGCAUUCGUGAGCCCGUCCUCUAUAUGAGAGGACAACUGGCGUUAGACAGAGAUCUCAUCGAUCAUAUCAAAGGCGUCUCUUUGGUUGCCAUGAAUGAGGACAAUGUCCGCGAUGUCAUUGAAUACGACCAACAAGUUUGCGGUUUAGACAGAAGUGUAAUGAUUGAGGGCUUCUAUAAAACGGCAGAUAAUGUCAGUUUAGUGGCCAUUAAUGACAGGAAUCAAGUGUUGGGCUACUGUUUGAUUAUGGAGACGUGUUAUCAGGGUCUUCAAUUGGUUGCACCUCUUUAUGCGGACAACUGUCAAAUAGCAGAGCUGUUGGGCCACAAGUGUUGCCUACUUUUGCCAUUAAGUAAGAGGAAUGAUGUGAUCAUCAAGUGUUGGAAAUCAGAUCACAAAGCGAUACAAUUGGCGAAGAAAUUGGGAUUAUCUGAAGGGAUUGAACAGAUGGGAGGAUAUACCAAGGUGAUACCACAAACUAAUGUGGGUAAAAUGUAUAGUUUAGGCAGUACUAUGUUCUAUGUACUCUGA